CGGCGAGCACACACACAGCCUGUCCGUCCGCGUUUCCGUUUCUUUCCCCGUUUCCGUUUCGCAAAAUCUCUUCUUCUUCCUUCCUCCCGCUCCUCGCUCCCCACACAAAUCCCCAAAUCCUUCCCCAGCAAACCGCCCCUCCGCAAACCCUAGAAACCAGCCCCCUCGGCCGUCCUCCCCGCCGCGGCUGCGCUCCCGCUGAGUUCCCAGUCUAGGCCCCGCUCUUCGCCGGGGAAAACACAUGCUGUAGCCUCGCCGGACGGGAGCCAAGAUGUCCGCCUCCCAGGACGGCGCCAGCCGGCCGCCGGUCCCGCCCAAGCGCCGCGCCCCGGAGACCCCCGGCGGAAGCAGCGGCGGCGGCGUCCUCACUUACACGCGCAAGCGCCGCCGCGCCGCCUCCCGCGCCGACGGCGGCGCCAGCUCCGACCCCGGACAGUCUAGUGCCGCCAUGAUGCUGUACGGUGGCAAUUCUCGCCAAGAUGGGCACCCAAUGCUGGCCAGGCAUUGGAUUACUUGGAAGAACACAUUGGAGGGCUACCUGCAAGCCCCAGGUAUAAAUAAGGGCGGUGGGAUUCACAGCUGCAUCUGUGACGCUCUCAGAUACAACCGCUGCCAAUCUGAACAACAAGGUGACCUUGGGAAGGCCCAAGAUUCGUCAGAUGAGCAUCCUACUGGGCUGGCGGAUGCGAAAGAGAUUUGUUCCUUUGUUGCGUUAAAAGAUGCAACUGCAGCAUCUUUGGAUGCCAACACAGCAAUGUGCAACAGUGCUCUCCUUGACAUUUUAGUCUCUGAGAAAUUUGCCCUGCUGUGUGAUCUGCUAGUUGAAACUUUCCAUGUGAAUAAUGUUCAUGAGGUCAUUGAUUUGGGGAGAAUUGACGCCAACAUGAGAAACGGAAGUUAUGCACAGAAUCCGGCGUUGUUCAACAAAGAUAUCCAGCAGACAUGGGAGAAGUUUGAACGAGUUGGCCGGGAGAUGACAUGUCUAGCAAGCAAUCUUCCAAUCAUUUCACGAGCUUCUUAUCAGAAGCAGACUUCUGGAGUUUCUGAAGCAGAGGAUGCUGCUGAGCGCCGGAUAGAGGAAACAAGCUUGGUUGGUGUCGUCCACAAAAUCCCAAAGGGUUCGACUACCACCGUGCAGUUCUCCCCAUGUGAUUCUGGUCAUUCUACAAUUCCAAAGCGAACCGAGACAGGUGGACUUCGUCGAAUUUGCACUUGCAAGCAAUGUGGAGACGGUGCAGAAGAAGAAAAAAGACUUAUCUGUGAUGGAUGUGACAGCACGUACCACUUUGACUGUGUCAAGCGACUCCAUCCUGCUAUGAAACAGAUCCCAGCAACCUGGCACUGCCCGGCCUGCAGCAAUAAGGGGAAGGGGUCAGCUGCAGACAUCAUGAAAAAUGUUCACAAGAACAGUUUGCAUGUUGGUUGUCCUCUGUGUGCCAGGCUUGAAGUCCUUGAGAAAAUAGAACCGCCUGAAAUUGGUAGUGGAAUGGAGUUAGCUGAUGAAAGAGAGGGGAGCUCCGUGCCAUGCGUGGUGGAAGACAACGAGCCAGACCUGUGCACAACUGCCCUUGCAAAGCUGUGCAAACACUGCGGCACAUGCGAAGACGACGACAGGCGAUUCUUGGUAUGUGGUCAUCCUUACUGCUCUUACAAAUUCUAUCACAUCCGAUGCCUCAGAGAAAGCCAGAUCGCGUCUGAGAAGCAGAAAAACCUCGGAUGCUGGUACUGCCCGUCCUGUCUCUGCAGAUGCUGCUUCAAGAAUAAGGAUGACAAAGAUAUCGCCUUGUGCGACGGCUGUGACGAAGCUUAUCACAUAUACUGCAUGACGCCGAAGCGCACCUGCAUCCCGAAAGGCCAGUGGUAUUGCCCGUCGUGCAGUCUACGGAGGGCGAGGGAAGGGAUGCAAAAGUACGAGUUGUCUGUCCUGAAGAGACAUAAGAACAUGAAGCAUGCCAGUCAGUCGGAUUCUUAGCUAGUUGGUGGCAAAGAGACGUAAUAAGCAGAAUAUCUUCCGCAACAUUUUGCUUGGCCAAGCUUACAUUCAAAGAAGAAAAAGGAUGAUCCUUUUGGCGGCCCCCUCUUUGAAGGGGCCAUAUACAGUACCCUGACAUGACUGGUUGAAUCAACCAGUCAGUUGUGCAGUUGACAUUUACAGGGACAAGUCUUACCUGUUGAAGACUGUUUAUGUUGGCUGUUUCUGCAUGGAACGUUAUUACUCCAUUUGAUGUUUCCCUUUCUGUGUGGAGAAGGGAGGUUAAUUCGGUGUUUGCUGUAAGCAACGAAUGAUGCUGUUUUGUUUACAACGUUUUGUGCUUCAUCACCUGUUGUUUUUAUCCCUCUGAUCUAUGAUGAUGAAGAACAUAUAUUUUAGAACAA